GAAACCCGCCGCUGGGGCCUGGGAUUUGUUGACAACUAUCUCUGGGUGACUGACGAUAUCUGCUCCUCGGCAGAUGCUCCUCGGGCUUGUAGGCCUUGCAAAUUCGUGCAGCACGUUUAUGGUGGACAUAGAGGGGACAGGCACGGAUGCAGCCCUCAUGGAACUCAGCUCGUGAACACGGGCAAGAAUAAGAAUGUAUUUUGAUCAGUAGUUGAGAAUAAGUAGGGUUGUCCUGAUUUGGAUAAAGUGAUCCCAGCAGUCUCUGAAGGGGACGGUGUUGCUGUUCCUGAGAAAUAGGCAUUUUCAGAGGUUGUAAGUGGAAGGAAGAAGGCAGAGGGGGUGGAAAGUUGGAGGACAUCACUAUUGGUUUCCGGAAUGAAGGGCUGGUGCAGGAUAACCCUUUGUGUAGCUAAACCUUGGGUGGUCCCUGACAGUGAGGGGUGCUUUUUAAAUUGCCAUUGUAGUACACCUUACGGAGACCCUGCAGCUCUGACCGCCCCUGUGCCCUUGACUGCAUUAAUUGUUCAGAGCCCAUCUGGUCAUUUUCUGGGCCCCUCUGUGUGCCCAACCCUAUGCUGGGGGUAGGGUGGGUAGUACAGUAUAUGGGGCAGAAAUAAAAGAGCCAUGGGUGUCCCUUAAGAAAAUGGCUUCUCACCAAGUGUCUGGUACACACAACCUCAGGCCCAUCCAGGCUCCCAGACCUGUCCUUGUAAGGGCCUUCUGGGUCCUAGGCCAGCCCACUGGGGCAGCAUUGCCCAGCAUCUGCCAUGACGUAAAAGGAGGGCCAGUGAGUGCCCUUAUGGUUGUACAGUGGCCAUUUUGGCAUGUGCCUCUGUUUUCUCAUUUCUCAGGAGUAGGCUGCUGCUCACCGUCAUAUGCUCAGGAUGGCUUCCUGCUCUCUGGCGGACCAGCCCUCUGGCCUUCGCUCUUGGGAAGCUGGAUGUGGCUGCAAGGUUUAGCAUGUCAAAUGUGCUUGAGAAUGGACAAAAAGAAUACCAGGCACUUUUGCAUUAGCUUCUUGAGGGCUGAGGGCAGGAAAUGUUGGCAUUGAGCAUAUGAAGGCCAUCCUCCUAUGCCAGUGUUUCAUGAUAGCAUUUGGGUGUUGGAAGCUGGUGGCAGUGAGACAUUUACACCAAGUACCAGCACACCAUGGGUCCUCACCUUCCUAGUUCAGCAGCUGUGACCACUUGGAGCCUUAGUUCCGUGCUGGGUAAAACAUUGCUCUUCUGGCCUAGGUGUGUGUGAGAUGUGAUUGGGCUGGAGUGGGCCGGGGUGGGGUGGGGACUUUGGCAGGGCUGGUGGAGUUAAGCCUUAGUACCACAAGCUGGCUGGAAACAGAAUUGCCUUUUGGUGGCAUAUGAGGUGAGGAUGCUUUGGGGGCUGGCUGGGCUUGGGGCAGGUGGCUGUGGUAGCUUCAGCCUUCUAGGUCUCCAUGUGCAGGGUCCACCUUCUGCCACAGGACAAGCUAGCAUUUAUGAGUAGGACUGGAAUACUUGGGAGUUGGGCAGUAAAGCACCUGAGUGGGAAUUUGGGCCCUUGGAGUUUGCCAUCCCAAAAGACCAAAGGCAUCACUUCCAUGGGCGAAUGAACUAUCCUGCCCCGUGGCUGCCCUGCCCUGUGAUUGACUAAAAAAGCUACUUCUUGGGCACUCUAAAAACAUUUCAAGUGCUAGUCACUGCCCUUUUGGGCACUGGAGAUACAGGAAGUUCUGUGGGGAAGCACUGGUCCACAGGCUGGGCUGGACCAGCCAGGUGAGCCCUUAGAGAGUGUUGUAGGUUGAAGUAGGCUGGGUGCUGGCAGACCCCACCCCCCCAUCCACCUUGCCAAUUCCCUAUGGAAGAUGGACAGUCUGGGUGCCCCUCUGUGUAUGUGUGUCUCUGUCUGAUGGGGUGACCUAGGCAGACUGCCAGUGGAGGGCCAGGCCUGGGGAGCCAACUCCUCCCAGAAGCCUCCCUGAUCCCAACUUUAACUUUACUUGCUUCUUCCAGCCAGGAGUGUCCUGUGCUGACACUGGAAGCAAUGCCUUGCUGUGUGAGCAGAGGCCAUGAGGCAGUGCCCCACACCCUUGCCUUGUGUUUAUGGAGCAUCUGCCUUCCUCCUUGGCUGCAGAGGGUCAGGGGGUUCACUCAGCAAGUCCUACUGGGGCCACCCGUGCCAGGGCCAUGUCAGCAGUCCUGGUAGCCACGUGGGCCUCCCAGAGCUUGGUCCCCACAGCACCCUUGCACCCUCAGUAGCUCACGGAGGCUUGGUGGUCUGUGGGUACUGGCUGCCUCUCAGGAGAGAGCUCUCGGAGGGCUGGCUUUUGUGGUCACCCUGCAGCUGGACUCCAGCCUGCUUCCAGGAGCAGAGUGGAGGACUCAGGCCACAUUCCCCUAGGUCUUCGCUCUGGUGCUUAUGAGGCUGCUUCUCUGGCAGCUUUCUUCAUGUGCCCCAUUCUCUCCACCAAGCUCCUGCCACUACUAGGUACACUAUAGGAGAGACUGACUGUCAUGUUCUGGGCUGCUCUUACUGGAAAGCCUGAUGGGUUUGCAUGUGUGCAUUCCUAAGCAAGUGCUUAAACUCACACUUGCUCUCCUCAACACAGCAGCCCUCCCCCACCCUGCUUCUGUGUGUGGCUUGGAGUGCUGGGGGCUAUGCUGCCUCUCAUAGGAGGCUCUGCUGGCCAGCCUCCCAGGUGACAGGCAUGGCUGCCAAGGCCCCAGUGUGACUCUCUGGUGUCUCUUGAGAACUUCCCUGCAGGAGAACUGCACAGGGCCUCUUGCUCCCCUGGGGCAGCUACCUCCCCAUCUUUUCAGCCUGCAGGGUGCCCGGUACCUCUUCCCUAAGUGGGCUCUCAGCUGCACCCUGCAUUGGACAAGGGUAGGCAGGGGCCUUGGGGGCACAACUCCGUUAAAGAAGGAAGACAUCCUCAGGGCUCUCUGGAGGUUCAGCAGGAGGGAGUGACCUCCCAAUCCCACCAGGGCAGGGGUGGGUGGUUGGGUCCUGUCACCUGUACCCAGCUGGCGUCUCCAGAGCUUGCUGGGGUUAUAAGGCGGCUUUUAUGGGCUAGGGGACAGGACCUCCAGCCUAGGUAUAAAGGGCAAAAAUUUCAUCCCUUUGCGUACCCUGAGGAGAGCAAAUCUGGUGCCUUUGUGUCCCUUGAGAACUUUUUGCCUCUCAGAUGGGGCUGUUGGGUGGCAGCCCUGUCUUGACAAUGGCUCCCACUGGGUGAGAGGCUCUGUCUCAGUGAUGGCCUUGGGCCUUGCUGUCAGCAAAGCCCUCAGUUUGGGGCUGGUUAGGCCUGGGUUACCUCCCGCCUGCAGGGUCUAUUUUGUCUUCCAAACUCCUGCACCAGCCUGGGUCUGGGACAGUUCAGGGGAGAGACUGGGAGUUCUUGGCAAUCCAGGGGCACCAGUGGGUGCUGACUUGUCCCAGGAUGCCUUGGGUUCAGGUGGGGGUGGCUCAGAUGGUGGUCCCUGCUUGUCCCCCAGAGCCUGCCUGGGCUUCAGCUCAUGGCCCCAAGAACUACCCCUCCAAGGGAUGACAGAGCAUCACCGCUUCAAGCGAGUGGACUCAGCACCACCUGGGAUCGUGAUGGCGGGUCUGUCUGGCCCUCACCUUCUACCUCCAUGCCCUACAUUGAGCCUGCUCAGGCUGCCCCAGCUGACGUGUUUGACGUGGUUAGCUUUUCUGACUGCCUCUAACCUUGCUGCUUUUUUCUUCAUGCUGUCCUAGGAGGUGAGAGCAAAAGUGAGUACCCACCUGUCCAGGUGCGCUGUGUUUCCCAGUGUCGGGGGAACCCUUCCCUCCCCGGUUCUCCCUGCUGAGGAGCCCCUACUCCACUGGUACAAGGCCAGCCUGCCAUGUGGGGCUGUGGUGUCCUCAUGAGUCAAGUGAAGGAGUAGGGUUUGCUGGGGGGCAGCAGCAGGGGAUACACUGUGUGGCCCUGAGUGGGGUCCUGGCCUGGACCAGGCAGGUCAGCAUGUGGCACUCUGCUUCCUGUGGGGAAGAGGUGGCAGCCCCAGGUCUCAAUGGCCCUGUCUCUUGCUGGCAGAGUCUUAGAAAUGGCUUCUUCUCCCUUAGCUGCUGCUGGGAGAGCCCCAGGAGUCUGGUUUGAGGACACGUAGGCCAGUAAGGGUUCGCAGGGCAUUGGGAUUGAGGGCCAGCUUGCUGCAGGGACUGAGCCCACCUCAGAACUGCUGGUCUGUAGGAGCCAGAAAGGUUGGAUGGGGGAACAGACAGGCCCUGCCAGGUUGGCCUACGGCUCCAGGAAGGCCCACUGCCCUCAGCAACAGUGGGUGAUGUCACAAUGCCCUGCCUGCUGGCUCCUCCUGCCGCCUCUCACCUUGACCCAGCCUCUGCCCGUCAGCCUGGCCUUGAUGAGGAGCGGGAAGACCUCUUGUGCCCUGGAGGCUGUCUGGGAGGACAAGCACAAGUAUGGGGAAGCCGAGCGGCGCUUCUACGAGCACAAGGCCACGCAAGCUGCCACCUCUGCCCAGCAGCUCCUGGCUGAGGUGCCAGCCAUGAAUGGGCCUGGUCAGGAGGACACCGAGGAUGGUGACGAGGCAGAGGCCCUUGACACCGGCUGCAGGAGCGAUCCUGGCAGGAGCCAUGACAGCAGGAGGCCCCUGCAGAAGAAGCGGAAGCGCUCCCCUAGGAGCUGGCUGGGCCGGGCAGACCUGGCCCUUGUAGGCCUAUCAGCUGACCACGUGUGGCUGGACAAGGCACUGUUCGACCAGGCAGAGAGCUCCUACCGCCAGAGGCUGGCAGAUGCGGUCGCCCAAGCAACCCAACAGCUGUCUGCAACCUCUUGGGGUCCCUGUGUCCACAGCAGCCAGGUGGCCUGCCACCAUGUGACCUGGGGGAUCUGGGUCAAUAAGUCUUCCUUCGACCAGGCCGAGCGAGCUUUUGUGGAGUGGUCUCAGGCCCUGCUGCUGGCCGCCCAGGGGAGCUGCAGACAAGGGGGUCCUGACACAGGCCAGCGGGUGGCCACCCCUGAUCUGGCCCUCCCAUCUAGCCCGCCAGCCAAUGGCCAGCCCCCGCUGGGCAGCCUACAGGCACUGGUUCAGGAGGUGUGGCUGGAGAAGCCCCGGUACGAUGCAGCUGAGAGGGGCUUCUAUGAGGCCCUGUUUGAUGGCCAUCCCCCUGGAAAGGUGCGCCUACAGGAGCGAGCUGGCCAAGCUGAGGGUGCCCGGCGGGGCCGCAGAGACCGGCGGGGCCGCAACGCCAUGGGAAGCAAGCGGGCCGUGUCACGGCGGGUCGAUGGGGAGGCCCCCUCUGCUUUGCCCUGCUGGUACUUCCUGCACAAGGAUGCAGAGGCCCCCUGGCUCAGCAAACCCACCUACGACAGCGCCGAGUGCCGCCACCAUGCUGCAGAGGCCCUACACAUGGCCUGGCGCCUUGAAGCCGCCUCCCUGGCUCACCGGCCCAGUCCCCGCUCUGGCCCAUCCAUAUCCAGCCUGAGACCCAACAGAAAAAUGGCUACAAACUUCCUAGUCCAUGAGAAGAUCUGGUUUGACAAGUUCAAGUAUGAUGAUGCAGAAAGGAAAUUCUAUGAACAGAUGAAUGGGCCUGUGGCAGGCUCCUCACAGGAGAAUGGCGCCAGUGUGAUCCUACGAGACAUUGCGAGAGCCAGAGAGAACAUCCAAAAAUCCCUGGCUGGAAGCUCAGGCCCUGGGGCUUCCAGUGGCCCCGGUGGAGACCACAGCGAGCUCAUCACCCGGAUCGCCAGUCUGGAAGUGGAGAACCAGAGCCUGCGAGGCGUGGUACAGGACCUGCAGCAGGCUUUCUCCAAGCUGGAGGCCCGGCUGAAUAUGCUGGAGAAGAGCUCACCCAGCCAUCGGGCCACAGCCCCACAAACCCAGCAUGUGUCUCCCAUGCGCCAAGUGGAGUCUCCAGCCAAGAAGGUGGCCACGCCAGCCGAGGAUGAUGAGGAUGAUGACAUCGACCUGUUUGGCAGUGACAACGAGGAAGAGGACAAAGAGGCAGCCCGACUGCGGGAGGAGCGGCUGCGGCAGUAUGCAGAAAAGAAGGCUAAGAAGCCAGCACUGGUGGCCAAAUCUUCCAUCCUGCUGGAUGUCAAGCCUUGGGAUGAUGAGACAGAUAUGGCCCAGCUAGAGGCCUGUGUGCGCUCAAUCCAGUUGGACGGGCUGGUCUGGGGGGCAUCCAAGCUGGUGCCCGUGGGCUAUGGCAUCCAGAAGCUGCAGAUCCAGUGUGUGGUGGAGGACGACAAGGUGGGGACCGACCUGCUAGAAGAAGAGAUCACCAAGUUUGAGGAGCAUGUGCAGAGUGUGGACAUCGCAGCUUUCAACAAAAUCUGAAGGCUAAUGAACAUGUGUGUGCGUGUGGCCCUGCCAUGAAUAAAGACUG